AUGGCCGGAGAUGUGGAGAUCGUUCAGAUGCUCCCGGAGAUGCUCGCGUGGACGAAGCGUUUCCAGAGACGUCUUUGGGGUUUGGUGGGCGCCUACUCUUCCAGCAUCACUGCCAUCGUCCAGCGCGUCUUCUCCGAUCCAGAGGUCUUCCAAAAG